CAGUAGUUCGAGGUUUUCAGGAAAGACCCCCACGAACUCAAAUGACGGUGCUCAAACUCCUACAAUCAUUGUUGUAAAUGCAACAGAACAGCAAAAGGCUCAAAACAACAAUUCGGAAAAUUCUGCGCCGCUUUCACCUGCUAGCAACCACAAGUCUCACUCGAAAGAAGAACCACCAAAGAGAGAUCCUUUAAAUCGUUUAAAGAAUACUCCUAAAGAUGUUAUUCCUAUAAGCAAAGCACCACGUCGUCAAAGGUCAUCAAGGUUUCAUGUAACUGAAAAGGUCGAAUUAGAAAAGUUACCAAAUUUCAAUGAGAUUUCGCCAGAUAAAAGACAGGAGUUAUUUCUUAGAAAACUUAAUCAAUGCUCGGUAAUUUUUGAUUUUAAUGAUGCAAGUGCAGAUUUAAAGGGCAAAGAGAUUAAGAGAUCAACAUUGGCCGAACUUCUAGAAUACAUAUCAACAAAUCGAGGUGUAAUCACUGAGCCAAUAUACCCUGAAGUUGUUUCCAUGUUUGCAGUAAAUCUUUUUAGAACUAUACCUCCACAAGUAAAUCCUAUAGGUGAUGCUUUUGAUCCUGAAGAAGAUGAACCUGUACUUGAACUUGCAUGGCCACAUCUUCAAAUUGUUUACGAGUUUUUUCUUAGAUUUAUUGAGUCUCCUGAUUUCAAUACAAAUAUUGCAAAGAAAUAUAUAGAUCCUCAAUUUAUAUUACAAUUAUUGGAAUUAUUUGACAGCGAAGAUCCAAGAGAACGAGAUUUUUUGAAAACCACAUUACAUCGUAUUUAUGGAAAAUUCUUAAAUUUACGUGCAUUCAUCCGAAGAUCAAUUAAUAAUGUGUUCUUCCAGUUUAUAUAUGAAACAGAACGUCACAAUGGUAUUGCAGAGUUACUGGAAAUACUUGGAAGUAUUAUAAACGGGUUUGCAUUACCAUUAAAAGAAGAACAUAAAACCUUUCUCACAAAAGUUUUAAUCCCUUUACACAAAGUAAAAUCUUUAAUACUGUAUCAUCCACAACUUGCUUAUUGUGUGGUACAAUUUUUAGAAAAAGAUCCUGCAUUAACAGAAGAAGUGAUUUGUGGUUUAUUAAGAUAUUGGCCAAAGGUAAACAGCCCAAAAGAGGUGAUGUUUUUGAAUGAAAUUGAAGAAAUAUUGGAUGUAAUAGAGCCACAAGAAUUUGUGAAAAUUCAAGUACCAUUAUUUCAACAAGUUGCAAGAUGUGUUUCAAGUCCUCAUUUUCAGGUAGCAGAAAGAGCAUUAUAUUAUUGGAAUAACGAAUAUAUUGUAAAUUUGAUAGGUGAUAAUGUAAACAUUAUUUUACCUGUAAUGUUCCCAUCAUUAUAUCAAAAUUCAAAAGCUCAUUGGAAUCGGACAAUUCAUGGUUUGGUAUAUAAUGCACUCAAAUUAUUUAUGGAAAUUAAUCCAGCGUUGUUUGAUGAAUGUACAGCACAUUAUAAACAAAGUCGUCAAUUUGAAAAGAAAAAGAUGAAAGAAAGAGAGGAAGUAUGGCAUAGACUUGAAAGAGUAGCUGCGCAUAAUUUUCAAGGAUUACCAGUACCAUAUAGCAUUGGCGGUUCUUUGCCAAAUUCAAAGAAUGAUUUAUCUGACAUCUCUGCUUACUUUAAUUCUGAAGACUAUGCAGAUGAAACUCAAUCUAACGGUGAAGAUGAAUUAAUUGAAAAUGAACAAAAACAUGUUAAUGAGGACGAGCAUGGGGAAAUGCAAUUUUUUGAUGGUCGUCCAGAUGGUUAUAAUAUAUUCCGUCGUAAAUCCAUCAUACCAGUUGAUGAGUCUGUAUUAUCAGAAUUAUCUAGGCAUAAAAGUUUGGAUGAAGUUCUUAAUGGGCCUCCAGACAGAUCCGGCUCAGCAAAUCUUUAA